AUGUGCACUACGAUCAGGAAGCAGCGGAGGACUUGUGCCGCCCUAUUAAUCGCCUUUCUCGUCGGAACACUCCUCUACUACCAUUCGUACAUCGAUUCUACGUCAAGGCUACACUACCUGAUUCCCGCCAGCCAGCCCAACCUCCAGCUCUGCUUCAACCUGGUUUCCUCGGCCGUCAACCGCUAUCCUGUCCCCAUCCUGCUUGGCUGGCACGGCGUCGAUGAGUUCGAUGCCGCCAGAACUCACCUCGCCAAGCUUCGAGCCAUGCAGCGGUACCUCGAUUCCCUUCCACCCGAAGAAGACGAUGACUUGGCCAUCAUCGUCGACGGCUACGACGUCCUCAUUCAGCUCCCCCCUGAGAUCAUGGUCGAGCGGUAUUUCCAGCUUGUCGAACGCGCUGAUGCUCAUCUGGCGCAGAGACUCCGGGUCAGCGUCAGGGAGCUUCAUCAGAGCGGUCUUCGCCAGACCAUAUUCAUGGGGCCCGACAAGAUUUGCUGGCCGACCGAUUAUCGUGCGCCCCGUUGUUGGGCGGCCCCAGAGUCACCCUUUCCACCAGCAGCAUGGGGAGUGGACAAGGGAUAUGGGGAGGUGUUCCAUUCCGACCCUCGAUGGCUGAAUUCAGGGUCCAUCAUGGGGCCGAUUGGUGACCUAAGGAAAUAUAUCGCCGCCACCAUGGACGAAAUCCAAACGACGUAUGAUCCCAUAUACGAAUUCAGAGAGUCGGACCAGUAUUACCUCUCCAAUGUGUGGGGCAGACAGGAAUAUUGGCGCUCGAAGAUGAUGAAUAUCAGAGUUCCCGCUCCACCUAAUGGGUUUGUGCCACUGAAGAACACACCCUUUCAACAGACGGAAUACCACGUCGCCAUCGAGUACGAGUCUGCCCUCUUUCAAACCAAGGCCUGGUACGAGCCUUACUUUGGAUAUCUGCAGUUCAACGAACCCAACCUAACAGCCAAGCUGGCGGCUGAUAUUCGCGGCGAGGGAUCCGCGUUUGAACCUCCUACCAUCCAGAUGCCUGACAACGCUCAUCCAGGAUCUACCUCUGCAGACUGGCUCGGUGCUGUCCGGCUGGGCGUCAAUUUCGUCACGCACCAUAUCUACGGCGUGUGGCACUGCACGGGGUCCAAGCAGUUCAUCCAGCUCGAGUAUCCCACAAUGUGGUUCUACCCUUUUGCCAAGUCCCUGCUCAGGGCGGCCGUCAGGGCCUCUCGAGCCGGUGAGCCUCUGGCGCGGAACCUCGUCGACGGCCGCAGAUGGGUUCCGAAGAAGGGCUAUCCCGCUGCUGCCGAGGACGUUGUGGAUGCCGGGUAUGGCGGUGUGUGGACGGACUUGGAUGACGAGUUUGUCCCAUGGGAAGACGUGUGUCAGACGUACAACGGGGUGCUUUUCCGGGGAGAGAUGGAAGGGGGAGGGGCAUGA